GCGCCCCCUGGAGAUACACAUCUUCCUUUAUUUCAUCCCUCCGCCCCCAGUGCUGAUGGCAAGGCGUUUGACAAACAUUUGCGUAAUUUGUGUAAAUACAAAACGUCCAAUUUGUAAACUGUAAAGUACUUCAGUUCAUUUACCUUAAUUAAUACACUUCCAGGAAAACAGGGCUCUCAUUUCGGUAGCGGUAAACCCAUCAUUAGAGAGCUGUUGCAGUGACUAACCAGAGACGCCCCUCUAAACUUAAACAUCAUUGAUUUGCGCAGGUACACGAUAACACAAAGACUAAGGAAUACAUAAACUAUGGACACGUCUGAUGAAGGGAGGAUGUCUCGUUUGAAAGAAUUUUUGCUAACUUUCUUCAUGCCAGAAAAAUGUUAUGACCACUUUUUUCUUCACUUCAACUUUAUGCACGUUCCCUGUCUGAAGAUUCUCUCAAGUAAAACUAUGGGUAUAUUGAUUUUGGUGGGGAUUGUUAUUGCUCCACUCCCUCAGAUUUGGAAAGUUCUUUGGUCUGGGAGUUCUAAUGGACUGUGUAUAACCUCCAUUUUUUUGGAGAUGUUGGCCAUCUCUACGCAUGCAGCCUUCUGUUACACUCAAAAGUUUCCCAUUGGUGCCUGGGGGGAAAGUUUGUUUGCAUUGAUCCAGAUUGCUGUCCUGGCUUUGCUUGUCCAGCAUUACCAAGGGAAAACCACAAAAGGUGUAUGUUUUCUUGCUCUAUACUGUGGCUUUAUGUUCCUGCUUGCCUCACCUUUGACUCCUGUGUCAGUGGUUUGGACCCUGCAUGAGUGGAAUGUGCUGCUGGUUAUUGCUGGCAGGUUUUUCCAGGCAAGAAGUAACUUCAGAUCGGGGGACACCGGACAGUUGUCUGCGCUCUCGGUUUUCCUGGUCUUUCUUGGCUCUCUGGGACGCAUUUUCAGUUCCCUGCAGGUCACAGGCCUUUCUCUCUCAACUCAGUUGCAUGCAGUGGCCUGCUGUAGCAGUGCGGUGAUAAUGGCACAGGUUCUGAUGUACUGGAGUAAAAGCAUGAUAAACAGCAAGAAAGAAAGGGAAGUGGAAAAAGACAAGGCUGAAUAAAAGAGGUAAAAUAAACUUUGUUAGUGAUAAAUGGUGUUUAGUAAUAGAUUUUGAGUAAGUGAAUUCAGUUAAUUCAACUACAAACCAUCUUGCACAUAUUUUCUUAAAUUAGCUUCUGGGCACCCAGUUUCAUCUCAUACUGAUAUCAAAUCUAUAUUAGUUUAUUCAACUAAAGACGUCUGAAUAUUUGGCUAGAAUGUGGGAAAAAUUAUCCAAACUAUUCUAUUUAUUUGGGUAAAUGUAGUACAAAUAAUAUGGAUUUUAUCAUUAAGUUUAAAUAAGGGAAAAUGUACAUGAUGUAAAUCACAAGGCUAAUUCACAUGUCAGCCUCUGUGUGGCAGUAGUUAUUUAUAAAGCUGGUGAUUUUUGCAAUAAAGCACCAGUAGAUGGCAGAAGAGUAGUCUUUAUUAAAGUGUGUAUUACUGAGUUUUUUACUGUUCAUGCUGCCUCUGUCCUAUAUCAUUAUAUAUAAAUGGUGUUUACUUUUUUUCUGUUUUUUUUUUCUGUCACCUGCUCAGAUAUUUUUACUCUCUUGGAUUUACACCUCAGAAUGUGCAUUUGCACUUCUGAAAAAGAGGUUGUCAAUCAUUAAAUGCCUCAUGAAAUGUAUUUUCUGAUAUUUUCUUUUUUCUGUAUUAAAAUAUGUUUCUGAUCUAUUAAAGCCCAUCUAACAUGUUUAAACAA